AUGGGCGAGAAGAAUAUUGUCGUGGUUGGGGCCGGCGUUGCUGGCCUAACCACAGCCUUGCUGCUCUCGAGAAACCCGCGGUACAAGAUUACCGUUGCCGCUAAGCACAUGCCGGGAGACUACGAUAUCGAAUAUGCGUCCCCUUGGGCUGGCGCAAACUACAUGCCGGUAUCAGUAAGAGGCACCGAGGCGGCUGAGUGGGAUCGCAAUACGUGGGAACCCCUUGCAGAUCUGGCCCGCAAUCAUCCUGAGGCCGGAGUACAUUUUCAAGGAACCAACAUCUAUAAUCGUGGAAAGGACGUUUCGUCUGCCACCGCAGCUUGGUUCAGUGAGCUUUUGAGUCCAACGCCCUGGUUCAAGACCCUUUUCGACGAUUUUCGCGAAAUCCCCAAAUCGGAGCUCAAGCCAGGAGUAGACAAUGCCACUUAUUUUACAUCGGUCUGCAUCAAUACUGCCAUAUAUUUGCCCUGGCUGGUAUCCCAAUGUCUGAAAAAUGGCGUUGUCUUCAAGAGAGCCAUAUUUGAACAUAUUGCAGAUGCAGCCGCCCCCAGUGUGCACCAUUCAGGCAAGCCGGCUGACCUGAUUGUUAACUGUACUGGCCUCUCAGCCUCCAAGCUUGGCGGAGUCGAAGACAAAUCGGUCGUUCCCGCAAGAGGCCAGAUUGUCAUUGUCAGAAACGUGGCACCCGCCAUGUUUUCCAUCUCAGGGACCGACGAUGGCCCUGACGAGGCGUGCUAUAUAAUGACCCGGGCCGCCGGCGGAGGCACAAUCCUCGGAGGCUGUUAUCAGAAAGGAAAUUGGGAGUCACAGCCAGACCCGAACCUUGCCAUCAGAAUCAUGAAGAGGUGUGUCGAGAUAUGCCCGGAAUUGACGGGAGGCAAAGGCAUUGAGCAUCUGGACGUCAUACGACACGGCGUCGGUUUGAGGCCUGUCCGAGAAGGCGGAACCCGCAUCGAGAAAGAGAAGAUCAAUGGUGUCUGGACAGUGCAUAACUAUGGCGCAGGGGGUGCAGGUUACCAAUCCUCGUAUGGCUGUUCCCAAGCAGCAGUGAAACUGGUGGAUGAAACCUUCCCCGAAAGAGCAAAGCUGUGA